AUGCAUGAUAAUUUAGAUUAAAUAAAUUAACUAGAUGAAUAAAGAAGUGAUGAAUUAAUAAAUAUAUCUAAUAUAAUAGAAACUAUAUUAUCAAUAGGAUUCAAAUUAAAGACUUAUUUUGGAUAUUUUUGUUUUGCUUCGGUUUAUUUACAAAUUCAACAUCUUUUGUUUAUUCUAUUAUAGAAAAAUAUGAAAAUUAUAAUAUUUAAACAGCUAAAUAUUCAUUGUUUUUUAAUUUUUUAUAAACUUUUGUUUUUAUUAUAUAUUCUAUUUAUACUUGGAAGGAUAUAAAAAUUUUAAUUGUUGGCUAUAUAUAAGAUAUUCCAGAAAAUUUUUUUUAAUAAUCUUUUGAUAAAAGUAACGUAUCUGAAAAAACAAAUAUAGAAUAAGACUAAGAAGAAGAAAUAAAUAAAAAGAUAUCUUUAUUAAUAGGAAUUCCUUUACUUUUAGAAAAAUUAUCCUCUACUUAUUUUACAUCAUUUUAAUUUAAUAAUCAAUUUAAACAAAACAUAACAGAAUUAAAAAAUAAUAAAUUUACAGAUAAAAAAGUUUGUUAAAGUUAAUUAAAAAUUUCUAAUAGAUGUAAAGAAAAAAAUUAAAAUAAUAAAAUUUUUUUCUUUGAUUCAUAGUCACCUAAAGGACUUAGUGAAAGUUAUAAAGACAUAGAUAUAAGAUUUGAAUUAAAUUAAAUACAAUUAAUAAAACCUAAAAAUUAAUAAUAAAUAUUAGCUUAUGAUACACAAGUUAAAUUUUAAGAAUUUAUUUCAAGUCCUAAGGCUUAAUUAAGAUUAAAAUAAAUGUAAUUUUUUAAAAAAUAAAAGCAAGAAGAAGAAAAUGAAAAUAUAUGUAUAAUUUGUUAUUAAAAUGAACCAGAUUCUAUAUUUAUGCCAUGCGGACAUGGGGGUAUUUGCUAUGAAUGUGCAAUUGAUAUUUUUAAAAGAACUAGAGAAUGUUAUCUUUGUAGAAAUGAAAUUAAAUAAACAGUAUAAUUUGAUAUUAAAUAAAAAGAAAAACUAAAAAAGUUAAUUGCAGUAACAGCAGCUAUUGGAAAUAAAAGCGAAUUUGGUGAAAAUCUUUAUACAUAUUUGGAAGAUUAUAAAAGAAAAGGAGCAAAUGCUGUACCUUAUUUAGUUGUAACUUUUUUUGAUGAAUUAAUAGCCAAAAAAGAAAUCGCUUUAGCAAGGGGAGAUAUAUUAAAUUAUAUGUUAAAUAAAAAUGAAGCAGAUUUAGUAUUAAAUUAAACUUUUAGAUAAUAUUUAACACCUGAAUUAUAUAAUGAAUUUGUUUAUAAAUUUAAUCAUAAUCCCGAUUCAUUUAAUUAUGAUGCUUUUAAAUAUUAAUUUGAAAUUCCUAGUUGAAUUAAUAAAAUAAUAUCUUUAUUUUUUGCAGUUUCUAUUCCUUUGUUUUGUAAAAUUAUAUACUCUUUAAAUAAAAACUUAAAUUAAUAGAAAUUUUAUAUUUUUGUAUUUUUCUUAAUUUUAUAAAUUACUUUUUUGGCCUUUUUGUUUUCUAAAUAUUACUUAGGUAACCCUUUUAGUAUUAUUUUUUAAGAAUAAGAUAGUUUAUAUGUCUUUUUUUAGAUGCUUUUUUUAACUAUACUUGGUAUUAUUAUGA